AUUUCCUUUUUCAUAAUGGACUCAACAACCCGGUCGCUACAUAAUCGACACAGCGGUCAGCUAACCCGCAGAGCAGCGCCCUCGCAGGAGCCCAAGUCAACAGCACGCUUUGACGAGUUUACCACUGUCGACUGGAUAGAAAACGACUCCAAGGAGCGGCGGCGCCUGCAUACACUAUGGACACACCUCGGCUCUGGCCCGCUGGCUUGGCUACGGUUGGCGUACGAGUCGACAGUCGCAUGGAUUGUGGUUCUGCUGGUUGGCAUGUUCAUUGGGGUCAACACUGCGUUGAUAUCAAUCAUCACAGAGUGGCUCAGCGACACCAAGCUCGGUGUGUGCUCGUCUGCGUGGUGGUUGAACGAAAAUUUUUGCUGCUGGGAGACACCAGACUCGGAUGUCUGUGAGGACUGGAUUACGUGGGACCGAGUGAUCCUGGGCCACGACUAUGUGUUUGUGCGCUGGCUUGCAUUUGUCGUAAUAGGCACCUUAAUCGCAACCACAUGCGCGCUCCUGGUCCGCGAGUACGCGCCGCUGGCAGCUGGCUCUGGCCUGCCUGAAAUCAAAUCGAUACUGGGCGGGUUUGUCAUCCGAGGAUUUAUGGGCGGAUGGACACUGAUGAUGAAGAGCAUCGGGCUGGCAAUGGCUGUUGCAUCGGGCUUGAGUGUGGGCAAGGAGGGGCCUGCUGUCCACAUGGGCUGCUGUGUUGGCAACGUUGUGUCGCGAAACUUUUCAAAGUACCGGCGCAACUACGCCCGGCAGCGCGAGAUCAUUUCGGCGGCGGCAGCGGCUGGCGUCGCUGUCGCCUUUGGGUCGCCGAUCGGCGGUGUUCUGUUUUCGCUCGAAGACCUGAGCUCUCAUUUCCCGCUAAAGACGAUGUGGAGGAGCUUUUUCUGUGCUCUGAUAGCCACAGUCAGUCUGCAGGCCAUGAACCCGUUCCGCACAGGCAAGUUGGUAAUGUUCCAGGCCACGUACGACCGCGACUGGCACUUUUUCGAGAUCCUGUUUUUCGUGAUCUUGGGCGUAUUCGGCGGCGUCUACGGUGGCGUCUGCAUCCGGCUCAACCUCAAGGUUACUGCGUUCCGCAAAAAGUACCUAGCGCACCACGUGGUAAAAGAGGUUGCAGUGCUGGCGCUUGUUACAACUGCUAUCACAUUUACCAACAAGUACACUCAGCAGGACAUGGGCGAGCUACUAUCCUAUCUGCUGCGCGAGUGCAAGCAGGGCGAUUGGGGUGGCAUCUGUGUGGCCGAGAACAGCUCGUGGGUGAUCUGGGGCUUGCUAAUGGCUACUCUUAUCCGGGCAGUGGGCACGAUCUGUGCAUACGGAUGCAAGAUCCCCUGCGGUAUCUUUGUGCCAUCCAUGGCGGUUGGUGCGACAUUCGGCCGCAUGCUCGGAAUUGUUGCCCAGUCGAUGCACAGGGCGUAUCCCAAGUCGGCACUGUUCUCACAAUGCGCGCCCGAUACUCCAUGCAUUACACCCGCCACCUAUGCGUUCUUGGGUGCGGCGGCUGCACUGUGCGGUGUCACGAAGGUUACAGUGGCCGUUGUAGUGAUCAUGUAUGAGCUGACGGGUGCCCUGAACUUCAUUGUGCCAACUGUGAUUGUGGUGAUGGUUGCUCGCGUCAUUGGUGAUGCAAUCGUCGAGGGAGGGAUUUCAGAGCAGCUGAUUCUGCUCAAUGGCCUGCCGUUCUUUGACGAAGAGGUCGACUUGCUUGACACGCCUGUGGCUUCAAUUAUGCGCAUGGAUGUGCAAAUGCUUCCAGCCAACGGAAUUCAGUACGGCGAGCUGCGCCAACUGCUGGAUGAUACACAGAAUAUCAAAGGGUUCCCAGUUGUUGACAACAUCCAUGAUGUACGGCUAGUUGGAUACGUGCAGCGCGAUGCGCUUGUACGAGCGCUGCUCAGCGUGCGGACUGCUGGGGACACAGCCACGUUUUCCUUUGGCAGCAGCUCUUCUGGCGAGAGCACGAUUGAGACAAGCCCGUAUACUGCUGAGGCUACACUCGACAGCGAUUUGCAGCACCCAUCCUCAGUUACCAAUCUUUCUUCUCUGGUGAACACAAGCCCGAUUACAGUCAGCCCACGCACCGCAGCCGAUACGGUACUCGAGAUAUUCCGCAAGCUUGGCCCGCGGGUGAUUCUGGUGGAAAACGAGGAUGGCCAGCUAGCUGGUCUGCUUACACGCAAAGAUGUCCUGCGCCAUGUCCGCCGGCUGCAUGACGAGGAGAAUGCCAGCGAGCAAAGGGCUGCACAUGAUGGAUACUCGCAGUUGUGAAUAUUAAAAUUUGGUGGUAUUAUAAAAUGUAUCCAGAGACCCG